GGCUACUCUGUUUCUUUCUUCUGGAUACACACUUCCAUACACUUCUAUGGGGCAUGUCUAGGGAAAAAGGUUCAGGACUGCACACUAAUAGUUGCAUCAGUAGAAGCGAAACAGAAAAAAGAAAAACCCACUGAACAUGGCCUUUCCUGGUGGUUGCAGAAGAAAACAACCAUUAUUGAAGAAUGUUUUUUCCACCAAUAGAAAUAGGAAAAUGGCUUUGAGAAAUUUGUAAUGGCUUUACAAAGAACAAAGCCACACCCUUUGUGUUUCCUAUUCUUAAAGUUCCUAAACAUUGCACCUUUUCCUCAAACAAUUGUCUGUGACUUUAUCUGGAAGGCAAAUUAGAGGAUUGAUUGACUCACUUUGGAAAAUGUUUUAGAGGUGCAUCUUGACUGAUCUGGUUAUCAGCUAAUCUUCUUGUGCCUAUGCCAAUGUGGAAAUGGCCAAUGUGUGGGAUACCAGCUGGAAGAAAAAAGAAGAUGGUUAGGGUUUUGGUCCAAAUAGUGGGGAUACUGUGCUUGUCGUGGUGGUGGUGGGCUUCACUGGCAGAUGCAGAGUACAUGAUAUACAAAGACCCAAACCAAACGGCGGCGGUUCGGGUUAAGGACCUGUUGAGUCGAAUGAGUUUGGAGGAGAAGAUCGGUCAGAUGGUUCAGAUUGACAGGACUGUGGCUGAUGCUGAGGUUAUGAAGUCUUACUUCAUUGGCAGUGUAUUGAGUGGUGGUGGGAGUGUACCACUACCAAAGGCUAGUGCAGCGGAUUGGGUUAAUAUGAUUAAUGGAUAUCAGAAAGGGUCUCUGUCAACUCGUUUGGGCAUUCCAAUGAUCUAUGGCAUUGACGCUGUUCAUGGACACAAUAAUGUCUAUAAUGCUACAAUAUUUCCUCAUAACAUUGGUCUUGGAGCUACGAGGGAUCCUGACCUGGUGCGGAGGAUUGGUGCUGCAACUGCUGUUGAAGUCAGAGCCACAGGAAUUCCUUAUGUCUUUGCUCCGUGCAUUGCGGUCUGUAGAGAUCCAAGGUGGGGACGGUGUUACGAAAGCUACAGUGAGGAUCCCAAAAUUGUGCAAGAAAUGACGGAAAUUAUUCCUGGAUUACAAGGAGAUAUUCCUGCUAAUUCUCGGAAGGGAGUUCCAUAUGUUGGUGGAAAGAAUAAGGUGGCAGCUUGUGCGAAGCACUUUGUGGGAGAUGGUGGGACAACCAAGGGCGUCAAUGAGAACAACACAGUGAUUGACUGGCAUGGUUUGCUCAGCAUUCACAUGCCUGCCUAUUCUGAUUCCAUCAUCAAGGGUGUAUCUACAAUUAUGGUUUCGUACUCCAGCUGGAAUGGAGUAAAGAUGCAUGCGAACCGUGAACUAGUUACUGGCUUUCUGAAAGGCACUCUUAAAUUUAAGGGUUUUGUUAUCUCAGAUUGGGAGGGUAUUGAUAGGAUUACCUCACCGCCACAUUCCAACUACUCAUACUCCGUCGAAGCUGCGAUUCAAGCUGGCAUUGACAUGGUCAUGAUCCCUUUCAAUUAUGCUGAGUUCAUUGAUGAUCUUACCCAGCUGGUCAAGAACAACAUUAUACCAAUGGAUCGUAUUGACGAUGCUGUGGCGAGGAUUUUGCUCAUCAAGUUCAGCAUGGGUCUCUUUGAGAACCCCCUGGCCGAUUUCAGCCUAGUCAAUGAACUUGGAAGCCAGGCACACAGAGACUUGGCAAGAGAAGCUGUGAGGAAAUCACUAGUGCUACUGAAGAAUGGGGAAAACAAAACCAAUGGACUUCUACCCCUUUCCAAGAAGGCUCCGAAGAUCCUAGUUGCUGGUAGUCAUGCUGAUAAUUUGGGUUAUCAGUGUGGUGGGUGGACAAUCAAUUGGCAAGGAUUUAAUGGCAACAACUAUACUAGGGGAACCACCAUCUAUGGUGCCAUCACUUCAACUGUUGAUCCAAGCACAGAAGUUGUCUACCGUGAGAAUCCUGAUAGUAACUUUGUCAAGUCUAACAGCUUCGAAUAUGCCAUUGUUGUUGUUGGUGAGCGCCCUUACGCCGAGACUUUAGGGGACAGCAUGACCCUCACUAUGGUGGAUCCUGGCCCAAGCGUCAUUAAGAAUGUUUGUGAGGCUGUCAAGUGUGUGGUUGUCAUCAUUUCUGGCAGGCCUAUUGUAAUUGAACCAUAUCUUUCCUCAAUUGAUGCCCUGGUGGCAGCAUGGUUACCAGGAACUGAGGGCCAAGGCGUGACUGAUGUCCUUUUUGGGGACUAUGGAUUUAGUGGAAAGCUUCCCAGAACAUGGUUCAGAACUACAGAUCAACUGCCAAUGACUGUUGAGGAUUCACACUAUGAUCCUCUUUUCCCAUUAGGGUUUGGGGUCCCAACUGAGUCUGUUAAGGACCUUGUAGAAAGGUCAACUUCAGCUGGUAUUGGUGAAAAGCCAUAUAUACUUGCCAUUAUAGUUUCUGUAAUUAUCACUUCGUAUUUCGCAGCUUCGAUCAGCUGGCUACAAAAGAAGUAAUUGGAUUUUUUUUCGAGGUUUUAGCCCUUAAAAGUACACUGGAUGCUCUUAAAGUUCGACGUUCGACGUAGCAGUAUACUACUUGAGUACUUGAUCGCUUUUUGCGCUCUUAUUAAAAUUUCUCUUAUCAAAAAAAAAAAAAAAAAGUACGAGGUAGCAACUAACUUCUGCUAGCUUACAGAAAAAAGCAGCUGCUUCAAGCGCUCAGGGUAUUAUUUUUUUUUUCUUAUUGAUUGUACUAUGACUCACUGAUUAUGGUAAGAAGUAGCCUUAGAAGCAUUUAUUGUUGAGCUUAA